UCUGGAGUUCAGGCUGCUGACUGAGAGCCAGUCAGACUGCAGCAGCCGGAGAGGCUCAGCGACAGACAGAGACAGACAGACAGACGGACAGACAGCUAACUACACCAGAGCAACAUUCCUACAUUACAUGCCCUGUUUUAUUUAAACUUUCACAACGACUUUCUGGGCCACCGUUAGCUUGUUCGGUGCUUUGGCACACCGGGUCGGAGGCUGCUACAGGAAUAUGUUCAGGAACACACAAGUUUUUCUCACUCUUAAGAACUGAGAGGAGUUUUUACACAACUUGGACAUUUUUCUAACUCCAGCUAACUUUUUCUUUACUUUGUCGUCGGUGUGGACAUGGCUUGGAGAACAUUCGGCCUCUUGCUUUCCCUCGGUCUGGUACUCUCUCCGGUUCGUGUGUCAGCGGAGCGGCAGAAGACUCAGAGCGGCUUCAGGAGGCUGUAUGUGCUGCAGCCCGGGCCGGGGCCAGGGUCGGCCCGAGCGGACGGUUCAGUUCGAGUCAGCUCCAUCUCGACGCGACACGGCCCGGACAGGCAGCCGCACACAUACAACGUGGAGCUCACCGCCAACUUCGGCGGGCCGGUCCGGACCCGCAGGAUGGGGAACCAAGCGGCCGCAGUCCCGCAGCAGCAAGCAGCCGUGAGGCAGAGCGAGCAGGAGCAGCUCAUGAAGCUGUCCGGGGUGAAUGUCUGUGGAGGGCAGUGCUGUCAUGGAUGGAGUAAAACUCAGGGAUCGCAGCGGUGCACAAAGCCCAACUGUAUCCCUCAGUGCCUGAAUGGAGGAAUGUGCCUCAGGCCUCAACUCUGUGUCUGCAAACCUGGCUCAAAGGGGAAGGCAUGCGAGCAGAAGACGGUGCCCACACACCCCUUUCCGGCAGUGCCUGGGAAUGGACCAACCAACGGCCACAACCCUGGUCACACAAAUGGACACACUACUGGACACAAUAUGGUACCCCAGCGGCCCAUUCCUCAGCAAGUGUCUCCUAAUGGUUAUGGCUCUGUACCCUCUUCAGCAAGCAACAUGGCCCAGAUGAAAGUAACUGUCAAGACAGCACCACAGUUUGUGCGACCCCAUUACAUUCAACAACACAUCACACAACAGAUCCGGCCCAUGCCUAUACACCCAGGUCAGAACCAGCAGUAUGUUUUAAAGCCCAAAUACUACCACACACACUCCACGCACACACAGACGCAUGUCCAGCCUGAGAGGCCGAUCCCCCUAACAGUCGGACACAAUCCCAUCAAUGUGGGCAACCAUACAGGAAGGAUCAAGGUGGUCUUCACACCCACCAUCUGCAAACUGACCUGCAUAGGGGGCCGGUGCCACAACAACUGUGAGCUGGGAAAUACCACCACCAUCAUCAGUGAAAAUGGCCACGCCACAGACACCCUGACAGCACCCAACUUCAGAGUAGUGGUGUGUCACCUGCCUUGUAUGAACGGUGGCAAGUGCAGCACCAGGGAUAAGUGCCAGUGCCCUCCAAACUUUACAGGAAAGUUCUGCCAGAUGCCAGUUCAGAACGGACACCAGCAGACAUCAGGAGGCUUCAGCCAAACUCAGGUCCACUCCACACACACUCUGCCUCUGACGUACAGCAACGGCCAAACUCCCGUGUUCAGCCCAAGCAUCGUCAACAUCCACAUCAAACACCCUCCAGAGGCCUCUGUUCAGGUGCACCAGGUGUCUCAGCUGGACAGUUACCACAACAACGGGCACCAGCUGAAAGGCUCCCAGGCAGGCUCCUCUUCAUCCACCAGCUACAGCUACCAUCAUGCCGAGAGCAGCCAGCAUCACGGCUACAACAUCGUCUAUCCCAGCCAGCACGGCUACCAGGUUCCUCAGUACCAGCCCGUCACCUCAAAGAACACGCUGGGUCGCUGCUUUCAGGAGACGGCAGGCAGUCAGUGUGGGAAGGCUCUACCGGGUCUCACUAAGCAGGAGCAGUGCUGUGGGACCAUUGGGACCUCCUGGGGGUUCCACAAAUGCCAGAAGUGUCCAAAGAAACCAUCUAUCCCUCUGAUAGAUUGUCCUCAUGGCUACAAGAGAAUCAACAGUUCCCAUUGCCAAGAUUUGGAUGAAUGCCAGUUGCAGGGUGUGUGUCCUAAUGGAAACUGUCUGAACACUGUGGGCAGUUACAGGUGCAUGUGUAAAGCUGACUAUGUACCUGACCCAACGCUCACCAAAUGCAUAUCCAACACGCCUGCCGUCCAAGAGGAGAAGGGGGCUUGCUUCCGUUUGGUCAGCUCAGGGAGGCAGUGUUUGCACCCAGUGUCUGCCCAGCUGAGCAAACAGCUCUGCUGCUGCAGUGUGGGCAAAGCCUGGGGCCCUCGUUGUGACAAAUGCCCCCCUCCAGGAACAGCUAAAUUCAAAGAAAUUUGUCCUGGUGGAAUGGGAUACACUGUUUUGCCAAAUCCUCCGGUACAAAAGCCAGUGACUGUUUACCAGGAGCCCACUCACCUGUUACCUCCACAACCCCUGCCGACCCCAGAGAGACCGGUGGAGGCUUUUGGGGAACCAGAAGAUACUAUACCAGUAGCAACAACUGCACCAGAUCAGGAGCUGGUAGUGCCUGUGGUUAGCAAUAGGCCAGUAGUUGAACCUAUCCUGCCCCAGCUAUCUCCAGGUGUGUCCACUGUCAAGAUGGAGGCUGCCUACCCAGAGGUUGUUGAGAGGACCUCUCCUCCUGCACCAGUGGAGAUCCUCCCAUCUAAUGCCGGCCAGGACAUCGCUCCCACCCAGUCAGCUGAGGUGGAUGAGUGCCAGAUCAACCCUUAUAUUUGUGGCCAGGGGAUUUGCUACAACACAGCUGAGAGCUACACCUGCCACUGUGAUGAGGGAUACCACCUGGAUGAUGCCCAAACCACCUGUGUAGAUAUUGAUGAAUGUGAAAGCAGGACAAUGUGUCCUUCUGGUAUCUGCUUCAACGUACCAGGGAGUUACAACUGUGGCUCCUGCUCUGAUGGCUUUAUAGGACAAGGAGGCCAAUGUGAAGAUAUAGAUGAGUGCCAGGAUCAGCAAGUGUGUACCAGAGGCCACUGCCAGAACACUGAAGGCUCCUUUAUCUGUCAUUGUGGGCCAGGCUUCAGAGUGUCACCAACUGGAGAUCAGUGUGACGAUGUGGAUGAAUGUGUAGAGGAAGCCAGACCCUGUGAGCCUGUAGGGGAGUGUGCCAACAACAUGGGCUCUUACACCUGUACCUGCCCCCAGGGGUACCGACAGAUCAACGGCAUCAGCUGCGGAGAUGUUGAUGAGUGCAUGGAGGAAGCAGAGCUCUGUUCGCCCCACGGCAAGUGCCACAACACUGACGGAUCCUAUCAGUGUGUGUGUGACAGUGGAUUCACUGCCAACCUCGACACGCCCUCCUGUGACGAUAUUGAUGAGUGCGGCCUCAAUGAGACACUGUGUGGCCCUCAUGGCUUCUGUGAGAACAGACUGGGUUCGUUCCAGUGCCUCUGUGACCAGGGCUACCAGGAGACCCAGGAUGGCCAAAGCUGUGUGGAUGUGAAUGAGUGUGAGCUGCUCAGCAGUGUGUGUGGAGAGGCCCAGUGCAUGAACGUGGAUGGUUCCUUCUUCUGUGUGUGUCCCAACGGUCAAGAAUACAACGUCAUGAACGCCAAGUGUGAGCCCGUUCCCACAGCAUCAUCAGUGGAGCGGAAAGAGUGCUACUACCAUCUGAACGAUGAGAACCUGUGUGAGAGUGUGCUGACCAGCCAUGUCACACUGCAGGAGUGUUGCUGCACUCUGGGAGCUGGCUGGGGGGACAACUGUGAGGUGCAUCCUUGCCCUGUCAAUGGUACAGAUCAGUUUAACGAGAUGUGUCCAUCUGGAAGAGGUUUUAUUCCCAAUGGAGACCUGCUAUAUGGAGUACCUACAUCUGACAUCUACAAAGAUGCAGAUGAAUGUACACUGUUUGGUCAGGAAGUGUGUAAAGGAGGCUUCUGUCUGAAUACUGAGGGAGGCUACGAGUGUUACUGCAAGACUGGACAGGAUUAUGACCCUGCAAAGCUGGAAUGCAAAGGUCAAGACAUAGAUGAGUGUCUAGAUGAGUCGGUGUGUGUUGGUGGUCAGUGUCUCAACACAGAUGGCUCAUACAUGUGUUUCUGUACACAUCCAAUGGUGUUGGAUCCCAGCAGUAACCGCUGUGUCUUCAUUCCUGAUGUGGCCGAGCAACAUGAGACCAAGCAGAUCGAAUAUCUGGGUAUCUGCUGGCAGACGUUGACAGAAAGUAUGACGUGCACCCGACCGGUGGGCAACAACAGGAAGACCACCUACACAGAGUGCUGCUGUCUGUAUGGAGAGGCCUGGGGCAUGGACUGUGCCCUGUGUCCCCCCAGGAACACCGAGGACUAUGCCUCCAUGUGUAACCUUCCCAUUGGUGGCGGGCGCCGGCCGUAUGGUCACGAUGCACUUGUUGCCAGUCCGGUUCAUGAAUAUGAAGUGAGCCCAGACUAUUCACCAUCACCUGAGCAGCAUCCGGCCCUGACCUUUUAUGAAAACGAAGAGCAUCCAUACAAGGCAUUCGAGGGUUUGAGAGCAGAGGAGUGUGGGAUACUGAACGGCUGUGAGAACGGUCGGUGUGUCCGGGUUCAGGAGGGUUACACCUGCGAUUGCUUUGAUGGAUACACCCUUGAUCUGUCCCGCAUGGCCUGCAUUGAUGUGAACGAGUGUUCAGAACUGAACAACCGGAUGUCGUUGUGUAAAAAUGCAAAGUGCAUCAACACAGUGGGUUCCUAUCAGUGUGUGUGUCUGCCAGGCUUCAAGGCCUCAGACAAAGCCAACUACUGUGUGGAGGCAGAAACACAGCAAACAUCCACACGCACACAGUGAGCAUGGAUGGACACUGGGGGGCGACAAGAGACACCAAAACCGCAUGCACAAGCCUGUAUUACUAUACUUGUGAGGACGUCCACUGACUGCACUUUGUCACUGCCCAGUCCUCAGCAGCAGCCCUAAAGCUGGACUCCCUGCUGUGGUUCUAGCAUCCAGUAGCACUCAAACCCCUAAACUCUUCACAGCUGACCAUCAACAAUGAUCCAGAAGUCAGGGAGUAUACUUUGACGUUAAACAAUUUUUGCCCAAAAUUUAAAUAUAACCUCCACAAGCUUAAUCGUGACAUGAAUAUUAACCUAAUUUUGAUUGUAAUGUUACUCCAUUAUUUAAAAAGUCAUCCAAAUUCUUAACUGCUCUUACUGUCAUUUUCACUCAUUUCUGCUUGACAUCACCAUGGAUUGUUUACAGCACUCACUGAUUAUCCUUUCUUCAUUUGAGAGCUUUUCAACAAGGAAUAUUUUAAUAUAAAACUUUCCUAAAUUUUAUGAGUAAGAACUAUAAAUGUAGGGCUUUAUAUUGUAGGAAAAAUAAAAUGAUAGUUUUUUUUAAAAUGAAUUUUUUUUUACCAACACCAUUACUUUCUGAAAAUGUCAAACUGGUCCUUUAGCUGGAGUGGGUAAUAACUGGCACAAAAAAGGAUCCUAAUUGUUUAUUGAAAAAUAAGUUUGAGAAACAAAACGUAAAAAUAUGAGAAGAACAAAGAAGACUACAGAAAGUCUUGUUUUUCUUGGAUCAGCUUGGAGGAACAUUUAGUCUUCCUGUGUUGUGUUUCUGCUCAGUGAAGCUGACUCUUAGCUCUUACUGAAUGUUAGUGACUCUGUCAAGUUUGUUGUUUGAACCUUCUUUGAAUUUUAAGCACCACUGCAGCAUUGUUGAAAGGACUCAUCAUUAUUGUAUUUCUAUUUACUCUGUGCUACAAUCUCAUAAACUGUAGCAUUGCAUUCCGGGAAUAUUUUUAAUGCAUUUGAAGAACUUAAUGGUGGACUCCAACAUGGCAUGCUAAUUGCUUUCUGGCCUUAAAGGUUUUCUAGUAUCCUUGUGCACAUAGGAUUCCCUUUUCCUGGCUGUAGGAUGGUUUAACAGCCUAAUUGAUUUUCAAAAGAAACAUUUCACAGAAAAUUAUUAGAUCUUUCCUGCAAAUUUAUUUUCCAGAUAUGUCUGUUGUGGCUCUAUGGUUCAUGCAAACUUUCCACCUGCAUUGUAGUGAUUUGGGGAAAUGAGAUGUUGGUCAAAACAGCACACAAACAGUGUAUAUCGGGGUAAAACUCACGAGCUACCUGCACUGUACCAAAACCUGAUUUCUGCAUGAAUCUUCUUAAACAAAUAUUUGCCACAUGGAACAGCUUUUCUGCUCACUUAGGGAUGUCAAGUUGAGGUAACUUGACAGCUGACCUACUCACUGGCACGUGUGGAUGAAUGAUGCAGCACUUUUCGUUUGUGUUUCCACAACAGGAUCUUUGCCUGAGAAGAUUUAGAAAUAUGUGUGACAAUUCUGUGGAAAAUACAUGCUUGACCAAUCAGUGACAUUUGCACGACUGCAAACCCCGUCACAGUCACACCUGUCAUGUCCUACACCACAGAUGAAACAGAUUCCUGACUCCUGGGGAAAGUUCCUGCAGUGGAAACACAAAAUAGUGGAGGGCAAAUAUAGUGUAGUGGAUAAUGAGCAAGGAGAUAACACACAUCCAGUGAGUCUGCAGUCAAAUACAUCGAUGGUGCUGUACACUAAAAUUUUCAUACACAUCCUGAGAGGGACUUUAACGUUUGAUUGACUCAAAAAGUGAGAACCUUGUAGUGGUGCUAAAGGACAAGAUAGGGGAUCACUAGCUUUAUAUAGCCACACCUGUCUCCACAACACUGAUCUGGCUGUACCUCACUUGCAUCAUACUAUAGGGAUGUGGGGAAAUGCUCUGGCUUGUUUGUAUUAUUUAGAAAAAUCAAAUAGUCGUGGGCAGUGCUGGGCAGAAGAGCAACAGGGUGAAGCAUUUACCAGCAAGGAGGCAAGUAGUGUCAUUAAAAUGGCUUAUUGACCGACAAAAACAAGCAGACCUGCUUUCCUGCAUGAUCCAAAAUCCUACAUUUUUUGUUGUAUAGACUGCUGCUUUGAGGUUGCUGUUGUUUUUUGUAGCGUAGGGGAUCUGAAAAUUGUAGCAUGCAGAGAGCAGAAGUGGAAGAGAAAGCCAUGUGAAAUGAGCAGAGGAAAUGUUAGGCUUGUACCCAAAGUCUACAUUCUGUGAAUCAGACUAAGGGAUCACCAAAGUCAGCAGGAACAUAAUCUGGAGAAAACUCAUCUCUGAAUAAAAUUUCAUAGUAAUUUAUUCUAUAGCUAAGAUACUUCCAAAGGAAGCUGGACCAAAGUAGUGGGCUGACCAACCAAUACUUCCAUCAUUAGAGCAGCACUGCUAGCAUAGUGAACACAUUUAGGUAUCAUUGCUUUAAUGAAUCCUUAGGGAAUUUAUAGCAACAUAUUUAUUAUGCUAUCUGAUUUAUUAAUCUAUUAUUUCUCUUUGUGUAAGAUGUAUUGUCAAAAUGAAUAAUCCUGUUUGAAAUCUCUUGUUUGAUGGAGAGCCAGUUGAGUCAGUACUGAAUUAUUAACACUGAGGGGUUGAUAAAUGCUGAGUUUGAGCCCCAACAGCUCUGGCAAGCUGAAAGAAGUGCAGAUCAGUUGGUAUGUCUUCAACAAAAUGUUUUUGAUCCCUGAGAGGACACUUGGUCCUUAAAAGUAUAGAAAUACAGAACUUACAGACACAAAUACACACAUACACGCACACAAACUCACACACUUACUUAAUCAAAGCCCAUAUAUUCUGCACUGUAUAAGAUACACACUAAAUGAAACAAACAUUAAUUUACUUGACAUGAAGAUUCAGCUUAAUCUAUGUGGUGCCUAUGUGGGGGAUAGAAACACACAAUUGUAUAAAAUGUAUGUUUUGUUUGUUGCUUUUCUAAGUUUCUUUGUCAUUAUGUUUUCAAGUGGAGUUUUAUUUGUGUCAUAAGAGGCCGUUUUUGUUUUUUUUUUUUGCUCAUUUAACAAAUUGACAAACCCUAUGGACUCGUGCUGGGGGAUCCAGUUGUAUUUUGAACCCAGUCAAACUGAUUGUGGAUAUUUAAUUCUGUGAAGAGGCCAGCUGUCUGCUCCCUCACCUCCUCCAUCGCCAUCCCUCUGUCGUUUCUACGCCACAUCAUCACCAUAUCAUGUAAUAUGCACAUUUCAUUUUACUCAAGAAAAAUACUAAUGGUGAGUCUUCAGGAUAAGCUUUUGAUGGGGUUUCUGUCUUUGUUUCGUCAAUCAGAGAACUACUUGUUGAAUGGAACACAAGACGAAGCCAAGCUUUAUGUUUCUGUUAAAGAGCUAAAAGACUGUUGUGUUACCUGGUAUUCGUCCCCUCCAUGUUUUGAAGGGACUGAAAUUAAUUGUUUUAUUUUUCCUACUUCUCUUAUCUGUGUUUCACUGCAAAGUCUUGCCAGGUUGCAAAGCUGCUAUGGGACAGCGAUGGGAGAGAAGAACCUUGUGUACAUUUAAACAAAGGAGUGGAGAAAACAGCUGAUGUAUUUGUAAUUUGUACAUGAAUAAAUAGCUUUUUCUAUGAAUUCAUAUCACAAUGUACAUUAAGCCCCUUGGUAAUAAACCACAGAUUGUGAUAUUUAACUUCAA